AUGCUAUCAUUGUCCAAUCCUGCAAUUCCCACGCGAUAUGACAUCACUCUAUCAAUAGAUCCACGAAAGGCGAACUUCAGAGGUGUUUCGCUGAUCGAUUUGACGGUCAAUAAGAAUUUGGCGCACUGUGAUGAAUUCUCAGAGUUUUCAGAGCUUUCGCUGCAUGGCAGGGACUUGAUUGUGCUUUCGGCAACUAUGGGUGAUCAGAAACUGGACGUCAGCUAUGAUAGGUCCUUUGAUCUAAUCAACCUCAAGGCAAAAUCACCAAUUAAAAUGCUGGGCACACAUAUGGAAAUGGACCGCUUGAUCUUAGAAUUUGUGGGUAAGAUGCAUUCCAUCAAAACCUUCCAGGAUGUCACCAGGGGCCUUUUCAAAACCAACUUCAUGGACUCCGAAACAGGAAGCAGUGAUAAUUUCAUUGUGGCUACACAUGCGCAGCCCGGUUUUGCCAAGAUGAUCUUUCCCUGCGUCGACGAGAUCAAUCAUAAAGCCCACUUCCAACUUACCAUUGUGACUUUGGAGAGGUUCCACGUCAUUUCUAAUACAGCGGUAACUACUUUGGUCGAGCUUGAAGCAGCAACGCCAGAAACCACUGACCUGCAAAAGCAGGUUUCUUUUGAACCAACUCCACUUAUGACACCUUCACUCUUCGGCUUUGUGCUUGGGGAUAUGAAGUCAAUUGAAAGUCGAGUUUCACUGCCUCAAGGCGAAAUCGCCGUGCGUUUCUUUGCAGCUCAACAAGUUGAGCUAGCGGCAUUUGGUCUUGAUACUGUUCGAGAGUUCCUCCCAGUCCUUCAAGAGGUGUUUAAACAAGAAUACCCAUUAUCAAAACUUGAUUUUGCGCUUUUACCUUUCUUAAGUGAUAUGGCAAUGGAAAAUUUCGGAUUAGUCACUGUUCAACAAGGCCAUCUCUUGUUGGAACCCUCUAUUUUGGCGGACGAUGCGAUCCGAGAUCAAGUUCAGCAACUUGUGAUUCAUGAGCUUGUUCAUCAGUGGAUGGGUAACUACAUCUCAUUUGACUCAUGGGAGCACCUUUGGUUUAACGAGGCGUUCGCCACUUGGUGUGCAUGUGAGGUCCUGAGUAUUACAACCGGAAAAGAUCACUGGGCUUCCAACAUUUACUUGCAACAAAUGAACACCUGUUUAAAGCAAGACGCGCUUCCUGAAUGUCAAAGUGUGGUCCAAUCUGCCAAAAAAGGAGAUAUUUUCCAAACCUCUGACGCCGUUGACCCACACAGUUACACUAAAGGCAUAUCGCUAAUUAGAUCCUUGCAAUGCUCUAUAGGAAAAGAGAAAUUUAAAGCAACGCUACAGAAACUUAUAUGUGAUAAAAGUUUCCACGAGCGAGCUAUCAAACCCUCUGAAAUUUGGAACUUCUUCGGACAGCAACUAGGGUCUGCUAAUAUUGCCAAUUUCAUGUACUCAUGGACACAAACACCUAGUUUUCCGGUUUUACAUGUAAUAAGUGAAAACGGCUCAAAUAUUUUAAAACAGCAUCGUUUCGGCAUCGAGGCUAACCACGAUUAUGAAGACAUUCCGUAUCACAUCCCGCUCUUUACCCGUUUGCCUGAUGGUUCUAUGGAUGAAAAGCAUGUUCUCAUGACUGAUCGGUCAUUGAAACUGACGUAUCCCGUCGUUCUUUUCAAUGCGGAUGUGCAAGGAUACUAUAGAGUUUCUUAUGAAAGCGCAGAAUGCUAUGAAAAACUUUGCGAAGCAGCUAUUGGAGGUGUCUUGUCGAAACUAGAUCUCUACGGAAUCUUUCGCGACCUAGAGGUCUUUGUUGGUAAUCAAACAAGUCAGAAGCAAGAGCAUUUGAAUGGCCUGCUCCUACUUCUCAGAAGCAUUUCGUCUCGUGUGAAUUUAAGAGAGCACCCGGAGUAUUUCCACGGUUUGAGCUUGGGUCUAACCAUACUUCAGCAAGUUGAACUUAGCGUGUUGAGAUUCGGUAGCGUACAAAGAGACUUUGGGUUUUUGAGUACUAUAAUCCUUCCUUUGUUUAAGCAGAUCGAGUGGCCAGAUGAGUAUCAGGGCUGCCACUAUGAUGAAUAUCAGUUGCUCACAAUGUCUCAAGUUUUGUCUGCUGGUAAAACCCUUCCUGAAGUACAGUCCCUCUGCAAAGCUUACUACAAAAAAAUUCUGCAGGGCCCCAAUGGAUCUGUACCCUAUAGUAUUGCCGGCAGCGUCUUCACCGUUGUCUCCUACCAAAUUUCCAGCCUAAAAGAAUGGAAGAAGCAGUUUGAAUUAAUUAAAUCGAGCCAGGGAAUAGCUUCACAUGUUUCUGGCUGUUCUGCACUCGACAUCCAAGACUCAGCACUAGAGGCCUUAGGAUUUUGCAGACCUUUGGAACUAGCACAAAAAGUUCUCAAUUUCGUAUCAACCAAUUUCGAAUCCACGGGCAGUGAGAAGGCUCUAUUUGGUCUAUCUUAUAAUGCAAAAGAAUCAUGUGGAAGUAAGCAAAUCCGGGAUGUUGUGUGGGACUGGUUCAAUCUUCAUUACGAUCAAUGGGCCAAAAAAGCGAUUAAAGCAAAUACUGAGGAAAACCAACAAAUAGCAAACACUUUGAUAGCGGUUUCGAUAAUUGUCUUCGAGAUGUGGCAGGAUAUGCCUGAAAAAAUUGACACAUUUGCCAUCACGAAGCAAUCUAAGUUCAAAAAUGACUUGCGCGUAAAUGAUAUUUGGGCAUCACUCAAAAGUAGCCAAGCGUCAAAGAUGAAGAUUUACCAAGGGCUUUUAGGUUUCUAA